UAACCAUACGAGAAGGAAGUGUUUUUUAAUUUACAUAAAAAAAAAGUAUACAUUUGCAGCAGUACCAAUACCAUCAAGGGUUUAUUCAUUUAAACCAAAUAUCUGAUGCACUUUUGAAGGAUUACUGAAGAUCUGUCUGACUUGACCAAGUUUUAGUCGCAGCAAAGUCUUCCUUUCAUUGAAAGCAACAGCGAUGGUGGUGAUGUCGAAAAGACUGAAGAUGUUCGAGAUCGUUUUUAACGAUCCUACCAAGAUGUUCUAUUGUAGUGGAGAUAAAGUUGCGGGGAAGAUCGUGGUGGAGGUGUCGGAGGUGACCAGGGUGACGGCCAUGAGGGUGCUCGGAAUCGGAUGCGCCAAAGUGGAGUACGCAAAAGGCAAGCAGAGAUGCCGUGAAGAAAUUGACUAUCUGAAGUAUGACGAAGUAGUCCACCUGGAUGACCAUCCUGAAGACACAGAUGGUUCAGUCAUGCUCCAUCCAGGCAACAAGUAUGAAUACUCAUUUGGCUUUGAGCUUCCUCAACAAGGGCAACUGGUGUCUUCCUACAAGGGCAAGUUUGGGUAUGUUCAGUACUUUGUGAAGGCUCUGAUGGAAAGACCCUCUCAGCCCGCCCUGGAGUGCAGUAAACACUUUGUGGUUGAAGAACCCCUGGAUGUGAAUACACCAGACUUGCUGUCUCCCACUGGAGGCAUGAAGGAAAAGAAAGUCACCUGCAUGUUCAUCCCUGAUGGCCAGGUGUCUCUGAACGCCAAGAUUGACCGGCGUGGCUUCUGCGAGGGGGAGGAAAUCUGCAUUGACGCUAAAUUUGAGAACACCUGCUCCCGCAUUGUGGUACCCAAAGCGGCCAUCAUCGCUAAACACACCUACCAGGCCAAUGGCCGCACCAAGUUCUUCAGGCAGAAGCUCUCCUCGGUGCGUGGCAACCACAUCAUCUCAGGCAUGUGUGAUGCCUGGCAGGGGAAGAGCAUCCGAGUGCCCAAGAUCAAGCCCUCCAUUUUGGGCUGCAACAUUAUCAAAGUGGAAUAUGCGCUCAUGAUUUACAUGCACAUCCCUGGCAGUGAUAAGUUAGUUCUUGAGCUGCCACUCGUCAUUGGCACCGUGCCCUACAAUGGUUUCGGUAGCCGGACCAACAGCAUGAGCAGCCAGGAUGGUUCUGUCAGCACAGCAUCGGCUAGUUGGGUGUCCUUGCGGAUGCCAUCAUCUGCCCUACCCAGCUACUGCGAUGUCACACAGAACUGCAGCUUGGACCAGCCUCUUACGCCUCUGCUGGACGACUAUGAUGGUGGAGACAGUCCCAUCUUCAUGAACACACCCAAAUUCCAGUUCCCCCUGCUACCUUCCUAUUCUGAGGUGGAGGAAGAGUUCAACGGCAACGCUCCUAUGCUUCCUGUCUGUUGAACUGACUCAGCGGAGCUCGAACCGAACUGUUGCCCUUUAUAAAAGGGCUUCUUAUCCACUCUAAGCACUUCAGGCUUUCACCUUGCUGGUUUGUGAAGUCGUUUGGAUGCCUGACAGUGGAGGGAGAGGACUUUUGGGCCAAGCGAACCACUGCAAGAGCUAGUCGAAAUUUCAUGGAGGAAGUGAAAUAUGAGCUCUCAUUUGUGCCUGAAUUGCAGACAGCCUCUUACAUCAUACACAGUUUUCCGUCAUACUGAUUUUGUUUCAGGGCCUGAAAGAGGGCACAAGGGCUUUUUGUCAUGCUGUAUUUUCCUGUGUAUGAGCUGCUUAAUCUUAACUUGAGAUUACUGCUGAGGUGUAAGGCAAUUGUACCACAUUAUAGCCAUAUGAGCACACCAAGACUUUCCAUAAUGUUGGUCAUGUACUUUCCAAUCAUCCCCAAUAUAACAUUCAUUAGAUAUUGUCAUUUAGAUAUUUGAUUGUGUUCACUUUUCAUAAUGUUCAUUACCAUUCCAUUUACAAUCCUAUUUUUUGGAGGAUAUGGAAACAUUCUUCAAUUUAUUUGUUUUUCUUUUGGUCAUGCAUCAGGUUAAGCAGAUGUGCUAAGUCAAGUUCAUUUUAUUGUACGUUACUGAAACGUAAAGCAAUUUUCAAGGGAAAUCAUGCAGUGUCAGUUUAUAAUGUUUCAGUGUAUAUCUAUUUUAAUGCACUUUUAUUGGAUGCAAAUUGUGUCUUAACUACUCGCAGGGAGAUUUCCUAUGUUCUUUUGUUUUCUUUUUUGCUAGUCUUCCAAAAUCGCUCUUAUGUUGGAUCUCUAAACUGAGGGAUUUGGUGUUAAAAAACUCGACUGACUCUGCACUGCAUUGCCUUCAAAACCUUGUACAACAAAGGGCUCUGUUGGUUGUUUUCUGUUCCACUGUGGACUUAAACAUUAGGCCAAAAUAUUACCGGACACUUCCAAGUGCCAAAAUGGGUUUUGGGCCCUGACUGUGUUUAUUUUUUGAGACCAGAAGCUACACUGCGUGUAAACUUAUCCUGAAGACAUUUUGUUUUUAAUGAACAAUUCACUUAUGGAGAUCUUCCUGAACCGUGUGUGUGUGUGCGUUUGUGUUGUUGCUCAUAGAGUAUAAGAUGAUUGUUAUUGUAAUAUAUGCGACAGUGCAAAUUUGAAAAUGAUCCAUUUUGUAAGUUAAAGACGUUGUUUUUUGUAUGAGGACUCUUUGGGGUCAUAUUCAAUAAUAAUAAAAAAUUGUUAUUGCCUA